AUGAGCAAGCGUAACGAUUUUUUGCGUUCCAUCAUCGACUCCUCGUCGGAAGAUUCCGCCAACCAGGAUAGCGCAUAUCGCACAGACCUGUCCUCGAGUGUCAAUGACCAGCAGCAGCAGCAGCAACAACCGGUUGCCGGACCAGGUCGUGGACGGGCUCGUGCACUUGCCGCUUUGCUCGCACCACCAAAACCUACCGAUGGAAGCUUACCACUAACGGCGACCAUUUCAAAUCUUACCAUCGGAGGCCGUGGACGCUUUUUGCAAAAGCUAUUGAACGAGGAGCAACCGCCCGGUGAUUCGGUUGCGAGCAGCACUUCCGAUAUUGGAACUGCUUCCAUCAGCUCGUCGGAGAUUAGUGCAACUGCUGCACCGGGUGGUAUGGGAAAGCUGCGACCAGUACAACAGCCGGUUGCGGCCAAGGCAGACACGUUUGUACUGCAUCAGCCAAAGGAACCUACAGACCUGGUAAAACGUACCGGAACAAGUGGAACACCGUUACAGAUAAUGAGCAACUUUAUGGAGCUUAAAUGUUCGAAGGAUUGUGGGAUUUUCCUGUACACGGUUGACUUCGAGCCGCACCCUGAAUCGAAGCGGGCACGGCAACAAUGCAUCGACAGGCAUAGCGAUAUAUUCGGCAAGGCGUACACAUUUGAUGGACGCAUGCUGUUGCUACCGAAGCCUAUCUCGCAGGAGCGAAUGGUUAUCCCGACGAAGCUGCCAACCGACGGGACGUCCGUCCAGAUGACGGUUGUGUUCCGUGUCCAGCAGCGCAUGAGUCAGAAUGUGAUGCUGUACAACAAGCUGUUCCGGCGUAUCAUGUACCUACUGCAGCUGUCGGAAAUGGGGCGCAAACACUAUGACCCGACGCAGGCACGCAUCGUACCGCAGCAUAAGCUGGAAAUUUGGCCAGGGUUCGUAACGGCGGUGCACGAGUAUGAUGGUGGUUUGAUGCUGAAUCUGGACGUUACGCAUCGUGUCCUGAUGCAAACAACCGUGUACGCACACAUGAAGACGAUUGCAAUGUGUCGCGGUGCCCAGUUUCGGGACAAUGUGAUGAAGUCGCUGCUCGGAUCGGUUAUCCUGGCGCGCUACAACAAGAAGACGUACCGUAUCGACGAUGUGCUGUUUGAUCUGAAUCCAAUGUCUACCUUUCGCAAAGGAGAGCGGGACAUUACGUACGUCGAGUACUACAAGCAGCAUUACGGUAUCGAUAUCCAUGACCAUCAGCAGCCACUGUUGCUGAAUCGAACGGAGCGUAAAGUUUCGAACCAGGAAAAACCGCAGGAACUGUCGUUCUGUUUAGUGCCGGAGCUGUGCUACCUUACCGGAAUGACUGACGACAUGCGUAAGGAUUAUAAGGUAAUGCGUGACAUUGCAACGUACACACGCAUCACGCCCAAUCAGCGACUCUUGGCGAUGAAAAAUUUUUGCGAGAAUGUGAACAAAAACGAAGCCGCUCGUAGUCUGCUAGCGGCCUGGGGCCUGGAGCUGAAAACCACACCGCAGGUCAUGUCGGGCCGGCAGUUGGAUAUCGAAAACAUUACCUCCGGCGGCGGAAUGGUUGGUAGUGCCGGUCCGAACGUUGACUUUACCCACCAAGUUACCAGCAAUCCGAUGCUGGAAAUUGUGCACAUCCGCAAGUGGUUGCUCGUGUACACGCAGCGUGACCAACGGUGUGCUUCGGCCUUUAUGGACUGUGUCAAGCGUACAUGCAAACUGCUCGGCAUGGAAAUCGUACAGCCACAGAUCGAAAUACUGCCACAGGACAGUACGCAGCUGUACAUUCACACGUUGCGCACCCGCAUCCAACCGGGCACGCAAAUCGUACUUAUCCUGUGUCCGACGUCGCGCGACGAUCGUUACGCAGCGAUCAAGCGGGUGCUCUGCACGGAGAUACCGAUCCCAUCGCAGAUCGUCAACGCACGCACACUCAACAACGAUAAGCGCAAUCGGUCGAUUGUGCUCAAAAUCCUAAUGCAAAUGAACUGUAAGCUGGGUGGAACGCUUUGGAGCGUGAACAUUCCGCUGAAGGAUACAAUGAUCUGCGGCAUCGAUACGUACCACGAGACAAGGAAGCGCAACAACUCGGUAUCGGCAUUUGUCGGUUCGUUGGACGCAUCGUUCACACACUGGUACUCGCGGGUCACGAUACAGGAACACAAGGAAGAGCUCCUCAACGGGUUGUGUGUAUCGCUCGAGAAAACCCUACAGGUCUAUCGCAGACGUAACUGUACGCUGCCGCAGAAAAUUAUCAUCUUCCGGGACGGAAUAUCGGACUCGGCGAUGACCGUGUGCGAAGAGUACGAGAUACCGCAGCUGGAAGCGGCGUGCAAGACAAUUGCACCGGACUACUCACCGAAAAUCACUUUCGUCGUAAUACAGAAGCGUAUCAUAACGCGGCUGUUCAGUAUGAGCGGUGAUGGGAUUGGGAAUGCACCGGCCGGUAGCGUCCUCGAUCAUACGGUAACGCGUCGGUGCAAGUACGAUUUUUUCCUGGUGGCACAAACCGUCCAAAUGGGGACGGUAACGCCGACGCACUACAUUGUGCUGCGGGAUGAUGCGCAGUUUUCGCCCGACAUUAUGCAGCGGUUAAGCUACAAGAUGUGCUACAUGUACUACAACUGGUCCGGGUCCAUACGCGUUCCGGCCUGCUGUCAGUACGCACACAAGCUGGCCUACCUGGUUGGACAAUCGGUUAAGCGUAUGCCUGCGGAAUCAUUGAACGACAAACUGUUCUACCUCUAG